GCCUCCUGGCUCCAGGCGGAGCCCCCACAUUUCCCUGCAGACCAAAGUUCUUCUAGAACGACCGUCGGCACCCCCGUAACACAGCAGGGGCUACUCCCAAAGAUGAACACUUUAAACCUGUAUUUCUGAUUUAUGGCCAUAGCUGAUGCUCGUGGCAGAAAAUGGGAAGGGGCCGAACAUCGUAGAGAAGCGAGAACCCCAACUCCUCACUGAGAGGUGCUCUUUGUGUCCAAGCCGAGAGGAGUCUUCCCUUCUGCCGCCCGUGCUCACGGCUCUUCCUUUCACUCUCGGGGACCCCCUCCCCGCUGCCCCCGGCUUGCCUUCCAGCAGCCUCCUCCGUCUCGGACAGAAGCUCCCCGGGCAGACGCCACGCCCUUUGCCACUGAACCCGGUCUUUGCAGGACAGACACUGUCCCCAGGGUCCAAAAGCAAGGCAGGGCCGACCAGGGACUGUGGAUUAACCCCAACUUGUGGGGCCACGCUCUGGAGCACUUGGGCACGGCCGUGAGCCUUUGGCGCCCCAAGGAAUGCCCGGGUGAAUGACUUCAGUAAUCAGAACGUGGCAUCUACACUCGGAAGAUGCUACAUCCACGCCCCACUCUGGCCACCCGGUCAACCCUACCUGGGUCGCCCCAUGGGGAAAUGCCUCGUGUGCAUCCCUGACAGGAAGGGCUCUCUGCUCUGAGCUUAAUUGCAGCCCCCAUCUUCUCCCUGACUCCAUGAAGACUGGCCACAGCCCUGCCUCUCCUCUACCUUCUGGGUGGAAACAGCAGCUCCUCUGACUCUCCCCCCUGGUGGCCACUCCUCCUCCUCUGUGCAGAGCUAUCAUGUACAGUUGGGCGGGUGGUGCACUGCACAAUGGAACUCCAACUGAAGAGUUGCCAUAUGCAUUGCCAGCAUUAUGCCUCUGUAUACUUAUAGAAACAGUUUUCCAAAGGUAGAAGCAACAUGUCCUGUUCUAACAAAAUCAGGAAUAUUUGACCAUCUUCCCAAGGUGAAAAUAAGGUUGUCUCAAGAAAUGAGACACGUUUUCCUAAGUCUCAGAAGUGCAAGGACCAGCAACUCCUGAAAAUCACUCGACUAUCCAUUCGGUCUGUCCUUCCCAGGCCCCGUGGACUUCUCUAGUUCCCCCACUCUGGAGCCCUCCUCCGUCGUCACGUAAUGAUAGUACCCGAAGCAGCAGUCGCUCCCUCAAAGCCAGCUCAGGGCCCUGCACAGUUGCAAGCACUUUAGAGGUAAUCACCCAGGAACCGUCACCACAGCCCUGCGAUGUGGGGUGCCCCGCAUCAGCGGAGGGGAACUGAGUAGCUGUGAGACUGGACGCCAGCAGCCUGGCCUCAGGGGCUGAAGCCUGUCCAUCCCCCUACCAGGCUUCCCAGCCUCCUGUCUAGGACCUUGCCCACAAGGAGCACCGGGGGCUGUUAGAAAACCAGAUACAAAAUGCGAGCCUGACCCACUGAUUCCGAGGAGGGGAGGCUGGCUGCUGGGAAAUGGAUCCCCUGCCGUGGUCCGUGUGCCCGCUGAACAGCAACCGCACAGGCUACGACGAGGAGUGCGAGAAGGCGUCCUCGACGCAGUACUUCUGGUACCGGAAGACCCUCAACAUCUCACCGUCCAUCCAGGACAGCGGGGGCGUGCAGUGGGAGCAGGCGCUCUGCCUCCUCCUGGCCUGGCUCGUGGUGUACCUCUGCAUCCUGCGGGGCACCGAGUCCACCGGCAAGGUGGUGUAUUUUACCGCGCUGCUGCCCUACUGUGUGCUCAUCAUCUACCUGGUCAGGGGCCUCACGCUCCACGGAGCCACCAACGGCCUGGCGUACAUGUUCACACCCAAGUUGGAGCAGCUGGCCAACCCCAAGGCCUGGAUCAAUGCGGCCACGCAGAUCUUCUUCUCCCUCGGCCUGGGCUUCGGCAGCCUGAUCGCCUUUGCCAGCUACAACCAGCCCUCCACCAAUUGCCAGAAGCACGCCAUCAUCGUGUCCCUCAUCAACAGCUCGACCUCCAUCUUUGCCAGUGUCGUGACCUUCUCCAUCUACGGCUUCAAGGCCACCUUCAACUACGAGAGCUGCUUGAACAAGGUGAUUCUGCUGCUGACCAACUCCUUUGACCUUGAAGAUGGCUUUCUGACAGCCAGCAACCUGGAGCAGGUGAAGGGCUACCUAGCCUCGGCCUUCCCCGGCAAAUACAGCGAGGUGCUCCCACAAAUUAGGAACUGCAGCUUGGAAUCAGAGCUGGCCACGGCGGUCCAGGGCACUGGCCUGUCUUUCAUCGUCUACACCGAGGCCAUUAAGAACAUGGCGGCAUCCCAGCUGUGGUCGGUCCUCUAUUUCUUCAUGUUGUUGAUGCUGGGCAUCGGGAGCAUGCUGGGGAACACGGCGGCCAUCCUCACGCCCCUGACCGACAGCAAGGUCAUCUCCAGCCACCUGCCCAAGGAGGCCGUCUCCGGUCUGGUGUGCCUCGUCAACUGCGUCAUCGGCUUGGUGUUCACCAUGGAGGCCGGCAACUACUGGUUCGACAUAUUCAACGACUACGCUGCCACGCUGCCCCUGCUGCUCAUAGUCCUGGUGGAGAUCGUCGCCGUGUGUUACGUGUUCGGGCUGAGGCGAUUUGAAAGUGACCUCAAGGCCAUGACUGGCCGCACCCUGAACUGGUACUGGAAGGCCAUGUGGGCCGGUGUGAGCCCGCUCCUCAUCAUCAGCCUCUUUGUUUUCUACCUGAGUGACUACAUCCUCACGGGGACGCUGCAAUACCAAGCCUGGGACGCUUCCCAGGGUCAGCUUGUGACCAAGGAUUACCCCCUCUACGCACUGGCCAUCAUCGGCCUGCUCGUGGCCUCUUCCACCAUGUGUAUCCCCCUGGUGGCCCUGGGGACCUUCAUCGUGCGCUGCCUCAAGAGGGGAGACACGCCUCCCGUGGCCUGAGGACUGGGCUUCCCAGAGACUCCGGUCGGCCACUCACUGUUCCGCGGCUGUAUUUAUAGGUGGAAUCUCCUUGGCUGCCUUUAAACAUAUUUACUCCAGAAAUACUCAACCCGUCAUCUUCCUGAGCCCAUCAAGAAGAAUUAGGAGGGUGUGGAGGAAGAAGGCUCCCUCGGGAGGACCCACGCCCAUCCACGGAGCGGCCCCUGCUCCCCUCUGCCUGCCCCCAAGGUCACACAGAGCUGGCUCCUUUCCACCAAAGACACAGGCUUUUCAAGGCCAGUCUUGAAGACCAUUGCUUUCUCGAUUCUAGGGAAGCCCCAGAAUCCGGGCACACCGUGGGCUGAAAUUCGACUAUAAUUUUUAUGGGAUAAAAUUAAGCAAUUUUUUUUUUUUUCCUGAAGAAAUCCCAACAUAACAGAGGGCAGGUGCUUUUAGAUCAGUGUGAAGAGAGGUUUUUUAAGCGCCCUGAGAUGAGCCAUCUGAAUGUCACUGGUGCAAAAUAAGUUCUCUUUUUUCAGUCAUACUGAAUACGCCAGGACUGUGUUUCUCACUAAGAGGACUGGCUGGCCACGAAGAAGGGAGGCCUUUGUUUGGGGUCGCUCCUGUGAUCUGAGGUCUCUCACAGCGGGUCGACGACCCGUCACCCCAACCACAGGAUGCGACCCCAAAGCCCCGGGCGUGGUCCCGUGAGCAGUCCGUGCAGCCGGCCCCUGCCCCAGUGCCUUACGCGUUAGGAAAGGUGCCAGAGCCGCUUUGAGGGUGAAAGUGAAUCUAACGUUCCCACAGAUGACGUUAGACCUGGACACGGUGGCCAACUCUUUAUAGCAAAGACCACGAGCAUCACUUACAAUCGAUUUUAAAAUGUUUGUACAUUUCUUAAAGUUUAUCCGUUUAUUUUGAGAGAGAGAGAAAGAGAGAGAGAGAACAGGAGCAGGGGAGGGGCAGAGAGAGAGGGAGAGAAAGAAUCCCAAGUAGGCUUCACACUGUCAGCGCAGAGACCGAUGCGGGGCCCGAACCCUCGGAACCGUGGGAUCAUGACCUGAGUCAG